UGUCUGGAGGGAAUUAAGGGUGCCAUGUUUCAGAGACCACCACUGAUAUCAGCAGUGAAGCGACAGUUGCGAAUUAGGACAGUGUAUGAUGUGAAAAUGCUGGAAUAUGAUGCCAAUAGAAGUCUAGGAAUAUUCUGGGUGAGCUGUGAGGCUGGCACAUACAUUCGGACUAUGUGUGUCCACCUGGGGCUCUUCCUUGGGGUCGGGGGACACAUGAAGGAGCUGAGACGGGUUCGGUCAGGAAUUCAGAGUGAAAAGGAAGGGAUGGUGACAAUGCAUGAUGUUCUUGAUGCACAGUGGAUGUAUGACAAUCAGAAGGAUGAUGCCUACCUGCGCCACUGUAUCCGGCCGCUGGAAGCCCUGCUGGUUGGUCACAAGAGAAUCAUCAUCAAGGAUUCUGCAGUAAAUGCCUUGUGUCAUGGUGCUCAAGUCCUUCUGCCAGGUGUUCUCCGAUAUGAAGAUGAUAUAGAAAUUGGACUAGAAAUUGUUAUUGUGACAACUAAAGGAGAGGCUGUUGCUUUAGCCAUUGCUCAGAUGACCACUGCUGUGAUGUCCACCUGUGACCAUGGUAUCUGUGCCAAGCUGAAGAGAGUCAUCAUGGAAAGAAACACAUAUCCCAGGAAAUGGGGAUUGGGGCCAAAGGCAAGCAACAAAAAGAAGCUAAUCCAGCAAGGUUUACUUAACAAAUAUGGCAAGCCAAAUGAGAACACUCCAAAGAGUUGGAACCCAAAUAUCGAGGAUUUCAA